AUGGCCCAGAGUCCUCCUUUGUUUUGGCUGCCUUCCGAGCUCACAGAGCGCAUAUUGCUGUGCUGCCACCCCCACGAAGUUGCCAGUUUCGCGGAGACGUGUAGGAUGGCGUACACUCUAGUCUACAAGGCGGAAGACAGCUUUCUCUGGCGCGAGCUGUUUCUCGCUCAGCCAUUCGACGAUCUCCGCAAAGCGCCGCCCCGGCCAGGGAACCCAGCCUCCGCCAAGCUCGAAUGGAGAGCGGAGCUCCAGCGCAGGCUCGAAGCAGAGUCGGUCGUCCGCAAGGGGAUCACCGGGCCCCGUCUGCUGCGUGCCCUGGAGACUCUCGUGUCCGUCGUCGAGACCGCCCUGCCGCUCUCCGACGGCCCGGACGCAGACCACUCGCACAACCUCCUCUGGCUCGACGGGCUCCUGCACCGCGCGCGGUUCGACGAGGACGAGCUGAGCGAGCUCGAGCGGCAGCUGCUCGGCCGCCUGCGCACGUACCUCGCGCUGACGUACGAGACCGGCAGCGGCACGAAAGACGCGGCGUCCGUGCGGCGCCUCAACGAGAUCCGCCGCCAGAGCCGCUGCUUCGUGUACGACCUGCGCAAGUACACCGCGCACACCGAGUACGGGCCCUUCCGCUGCGGCGCGGGCGGCGCGCUGUGCGUCGACUGGGAGCACAUGGAGCACGUCCUGAACGUCGUCGCGCUGAAGCUGCGCGAGCUGCCCGACCUCGCGCUGCGGCUCUACAGCAAGCCGCGCCCGGGGCUCACCGCGACGCAGGCGUUCUCCGCCCCGUUCUCGCACGACCGCGCGCCGCACGACUGGGCGGGCGUGGCGGGCGUGUGGAGGCGCUUCGUGUGCUUCAUGGACUACCGUGACCUCUUCACGUUCAACUAUUCUGUGCAGGCCGGGCCCCGCGACCCUUCGUUCUUCGACGACGAUUACGUCGAGGCGAUCCGCCCCGUCGAGCUGCGUCUCGAUGUGCUCGACCCCGCCGCUGCCGCGGCGAAGGCGAGCACGGCGGGGAUCGAGACGGUCGACGCGCGGUACCCGCCGACCUUCUUCAAGGGCGUCUCGCGCGGCUCGCACAACAGCGACGCGGUCGUGGAGGGCACGGUGUACCUCCUCGCGGACGGCGCGAUCCGCUGGACGUUCGUCACGAAAUAUGACGGCCUCAUGCAGUGGAGUGCGGAGGCCGUCCAGGUCGGCAACGUGUGCAGCGCCGCGGGCGUUGCGGGGAUCUGGACUGGGGCUUUCCACGACGAAGGCGACCCUGCAGGUCCGUUCUGGAUGUGGAAGGUCCCUGCUGCGCUGCCGGCAGAAUUGUUUUGA